GGUGAUAAAUGCAGGGAAAAGCACACACAAUGAGGAUCAAGCCACCUGUGAAGUCCUCUUUGUCAAGAAGAAAGCUGGAGGCGCUAAUUCUACACCGAACAAGAACUCUUCAACAAAACGGAGAUCAUCACUGCCCAAUGGAGAAGGUCUCCAGCUGAAAGACAGUUCGGAAACAGAUGGGAUCAACCUGUACUAUUGGUCCUUGUUUGAUGGACACGCUGGGUCCGGGGCAGCUGUGGUUGCUUCCAAACUGCUGCAGCACCACAUCCUGGAGCAGCUGCAGGAGAUCGUGGAAAUCCUGAGGAACACGGCCAUCCUCCCGCCCACCUGCCUGGGAGAGGAGCCCGACAACCCAGCCACCAACAGCAGGACGCUGACACGGGCAGCCUCCCUGCGUGGUGGUGUGGGGGCCCCAGGUUCGCCCAGCACCCCUCCAACACGCUUUUUCACCGAGAAGAAGAUCCCGCAUGAGUGCCUGGUUAUUGGGGCCAUAGAAAGCGCAUUCAAGGAAAUG